AUGACCGCCAUCCUACUACUCCUAGCCCUGGUGUCCCUUUGCUGGGCAGCUUUGCCAGUCGUAGACCUGGGAUAUGAAUUACACAGGGCAAAUACGUUGAAUGAAGCAAAUGGGCUGUACAAUUUCAGCAAUAUCCGUUAUGCAGCACCUCCGGUAGGUGACCUGCGCUUUCGGGCCCCCGAGUUGCCCAAACUCAACCGGUCGCGUAUUCAAGAUGGCUCGGCUGGCCGAGUUUGCCCUCAGGCACUGCCCAUCUGGGAGGAAGAGAUUGAGCCCGCCUUUCUUUUGAGUCUUCUUGCCGGCACCAAGUUCAAUCUGUCAACCGAUAUCUCCGCCUAUCCGUGGACCCCCCGGACAACCGAGGACUGUCUGUUCCUGGAUGUGAUUGUUCCACAGAAGAUUUUUCACCGCGCUCAUCAAAGGAAAAGGGACUUUGUCGAAAGAAAGAAACUUGCGCCCGUGCUGGUUUGGAUCUAUGGCGGUGGCUACGCGGAGGGAGAUAAGACCCUAUACAACCCCGAAGGGCUGAUUGAUCGAAGUGAGGCUCGCGGAGAAGAGAUCGUGUAUGUGGCAAUAAAUUAUCGGUUGGGUGCAUUCGGUUGGCUGGCCGGGAGCAGCCUCACUGCCGACGGCACUGCUAAUGCCGGCUUACACGAUCAACACCUCGCCCUCAAGUGGAUACAGAAAAAUAUCCAUCUUUUUGGAGGGGAUCCAUCCCGAGUCACAGUUAUGGGCGAAUCAGCAGGGGCAGGAUCUAUCAUGCACCAGAUCACAGCCUACGGCGGCAAAAACGGUUCAGCUCCAUUUCAACAAGCAAUCAUUCAAAGCCCAGGAUGGAACCCGAACGUCUCUCCCGAGCACCAAGAGGAAACUAUGCAGCAAUUUCUCGAAGCAUUGAAUGUUAGUUCAGUUGCAGAGGCUCGCCGCCUACCGUCGGCAGCUCUGAUUGCUGGAAACGCGUAUCAGAUUGGCACGAAGGCCAUCUAUGGCAGUUUUAUCUACGGACCAGUCGUGGAUGGCACAUUUGCGCCUGCCUUGCCGGGCCAACUUCUGCUAUCGGGCGAAUUCGAUCAUAACAUCAGUGUCAUGGUCGGUCAUAACACCAACGAGGGCCUUGCGUUCGUGAAUCCAAACGGGACAAAGACCAACUACCUGCCGAAUAUACUGAAGGACAUCUUUCCGGACAUUCAGACGAAUGUGACUCGAUACAUUACCGAUGUCCUUUAUCCCGCCCGGUAUGAUGGCAAAUGGGGCUAUACAAAUCCACUCGCCCGCGCCGCGCUUGUGCUAUCAGAUGCGGCGUUUGAGUGCAACACCGACUAUCUUAAUCGGGCAUACCAGAAUCAGACAUACGCCUAUGAGUUCAGCAUUCCGCCGGGGCUGCAUGGCCAAGAUGUCCUAUAUACUUUCUCCGACAAUGGCACCAGCUCGGUGACGUCCAAUCUAGGAGUGUCAGUCACUAAUGUGACGGUCGCUCACGCGAUGCAGGAUUGGUUUGUCAGUUUCACAUAUGGAGGGACCCCGAAAUCAUCACUGGCCCCAACCUUUCCGCGCUUUGGAACCCGCGGGCAACUCAUGAACAUUGCAAAUGACACUAUCGCCGUCAUGCUGGAUACAACUAAUAACCCCCGCUGUCGGUUCUGGCAGACUGCUCCAUAUUACGGAUAG